UUGCUAACCACCAACAUGGGUAGCUCAGUUAUCCUCGUCGCUGCUCUUUUGGCAGCAUUCGUGUCUACAUCAAGGCAGUGCGAGGUGCGUGCGCGCACGCAAGCGGGAUGGGUGUGCGGCGCCAAGCGGCUGGCGCAGGAUGGCUCGCAGUACGCCAGUUUCCGAGGAGUGCCUUACGCCAAGCAGCCCCUGGGAGAGCUACGCUUUCAGGAACUUCAACCACUUGAACCUUGGAUCGAGGACUUUAAUGCCACAACCGAAGGGCCCGCCUGCCCGAACAAUGAUAUCUACUUUGGCCCCCUUGUGCAGCCGCAAGGCAUCAGCGAGGCUUGCAUCCAUGCCAACAUACACGUCCCAAUAGAUGCCCUCCCGAACACCCAAAUCGGUGCAAGUUGUACUGGAGGGCUACCGAUCUUGGUGUUUAUUCACGGAGGCGGUUGGGUCUGCGGGUCCGGCGACGCAGACUUUAAUGGACCAGAGUAUAUGGUCAGCAAAGGUGUUAUAGUAAUCACUCUCAACUACAGGCUGGACUACCUUGGCUUCUUGUCCCUGAACACCUCGAAGAUUCCCGGGAACAAUGGUCUGCGCGACAUGGUGACCUUGCUGCGCUGGGUGCAGGCCAACGCGGCCUACUUCGGAGGCAACCCCGCCGACGUCACGCUGGCGGGACAGAGCGCCGGCGCCGUCAGUGUGCACCUUCUGACGCUAUCGCCAGCCGCUGUUGGACUAUUUAAUCGUGCAUUUAUUAUGAGCGGUGUCGCUAUCCAGGGCUUCUACAGCCAGUCUCCUGUGCACGCUCAGCAAGUGGCUGCCCUCUUCCUCUCCGCUCUGAACAUCUCCUCCACGGACUACGACGAGGUCCACGACCAGCUUGUUGAAUUGCCGAUCGACAUCCUCAUAGCCGCCAGCAGGGUAGUGUUAGAUCGAACGGGUUUAAACAGUUUCGUCCCUGUUGUGGAGACACCAUUUGCAAACUUUACGACAAUCCUAAGCGAGUACCCAGAAACUCUGCAAGCUAACGGCAACGGGAAGCAUAUUCCGCUAGUUAUAGGCUUCACCAGCGACGAGUGCGAGAUGAUUCGUCCAAGAUUAGUCCAAAUCAACGCUGCGGUUGCGAUCCAAGAGAAUCCGCUGAUUGGGUUGUCUCCAGAGCUUGUAUACAGUUUGCCAUCGAACGUAACAGCGGAGAUGGCGAAGAAGGUGAUGGCAAGAUAUUUUAACGGGACCCCGACAAUGGACGAGUACAUUAAGUUGUGUACCGAGUCGCUCCUCCAGUACCCGGCGAUCAAGCUGGCGCAGGCGCGCGCGGCCAGCGGAGGUGCGCCCGCGUUCCUGUACAAGUACGCCUACGAGGCCGAGUACAGCGUCAUCAAGGAGGCGUUGAACCUCACAUAUUCCGGCGCCGGCCAUAUCGAGGACUUGAACAGGAUAUUCAAGGUGAACUCGUGGCCUGUACCUGCCAGUGACGCCGAUGAAGCUAUGACUGGAUGGAUGACCGAUAUCAUGGAGACAUUCAUAAAGUAUAACUCUCCGUCAAGAGAUGGAUGUUGGGGAGCGGCGUCAUGUGCGCUGGAGUACAACUACAUCGCCGGGCCCGCCACCGACUUCGGCGCCAUGAGCGACUACGACCAGGAGAUGGUCCACUUCUUCGAAACCUUAGCCGACGUGUAGUGUACGAGUGUGACUACAAUGACUGAUAUAAUUAAUUUAUACUAUUAUUUAUCUUGUUGUAAGAUCCAAGAAAAGCUGGUUUUCAUGCACGAUAUCUUCAGGGAAAUUCCUAAGAGCUCUUUUCUGAAGCAUCCCAGGCAUGCUCAAUAGGAUUUAAGUCAGGGGAUUGUGCAGGUAUCAUGCCGUUGUAACCAACUUGUAACGAACGAUACGCGCCAUAUGUGGACGGGCAUUGUCGUGCAUUAGCUGGAAAUUUUGUCCCAUUUGUUCUCUGUUGGGCAAGAUUACAGGCAUCUCAUCUCGGUAUUUUAGAACAGACAUAUUGCCUUGUAUCCAAACGAGGUCCGUUCUACCGCCUAGUCGAAUUCCUGCCCAAACCAUAAUCCUGCCACCUUGAUAUGCAUGAACUUGUUGUGGGUGCUGCAGUCGAUUCCAACGUCCAGGUUCUCUCCAAACGCGUACUCUUCGCGAAUUAGGAUGAAAUCCAAACCUGGAUUCAUCAGUGAAAAUCACAAGUGACCAUUGAGAAUGGUUCCAGUUUUCGUGUGCAAUAGCCCAUUGUAAUCUUCUUCCUCGAUUGCCUCUCCUUAGCGCUGGUAUCCGAAGUGGCCUACGAGCACGUAGGUUGACUUCAUGCGGUCGUCUUCUCAAAGUUUGACCGCUUACAGCAAACCAUACUCUCUCUGUAGCCUUUGAACCAAUUGCAUCGUUGACUUGGCAUGAUAUCCAAGUUUUAGACUGGCCUGCACAAUCCCCUGACUUAAAUCCUAUUGAGCAUGCCUGGGAUAUGCUUCAGAGAAGAGCUCUUAGGAAUUUCCCUGAAGAUAUUGUGCAUGAAAACCAGCUUUUCUUGCAUCUUAGCAGGACUUGGAACAGUAUUCCACAACAGGAUAUUGACACCCUUGUUUUGAGUAUGCAGAACCUCUGCAGAUGUGUCAGGAGAGUCUUUUGUGGAUCUACGGAUUAUUAAUUUUAAGUUUUUAACAAUAUUUAUUUAAAAAAAAAUUUGAUGUUUGUUUAGGUUUGAUGUUUAAAAAAUAAAGUUAAGAUUGAAA